AUGGCUACUGUUUCCUCGCAAACCCAUUUGAGCAACCCGACCACCACCCCAUCUUCAGCCUCCACCACCCCCAACCUCGCCCACGGCCACCCACCGCCGGCCAAACCGUCUGCUAUGCCGCCCUCCGGCAUGGGCAAGAAGGGGAAGGGCAAGAAGCCGGCCGACCCGUCCGAAACAUCGAAAUUACUCGCUGCCAAGAUCUCCCAACUCGAACAAGAUGCCGCGGGAGAAAAGGACCAGGAAGCGGAGAUUGAGCGUGAAGUCAAGAAGGCCACGCGGGAUCUCAACCAGCUUCUGAACACCAUUGAAUCGCCCAUGACUCGCCUAGAGACGGUACAUAAGAAGUACACGGAGCUGCUGGCCGACAUGAAAAAGUUGGACCGCGACUACGCCAAGAGCAAGAAGCGGGCGGACCAGCUGCAAAAGGACCAGGACAAGGGCAAGUCGGAGUUGAACAAGACAGCGACGAUGAAAGACAAGCUGGAGAAGCUGUGCCGCGAGCUGACGAAAGAAAACAAGAAAGUCAAAGAUGAGAACAAGAGACUCGAGGACACGGAGCGAAGAGCGCGAGGGAUCGUCAACGACCGGCUCGAUUCGUUACUGUUCGAUAUCCAAGACGUCAUGGCGCAGAAGGGCAACGCGCGGGUCGAAAAGGUCGACGUUGACUUGGACGAAGCGCUUCGCGCGAAGAUCAAGACGAUUGGCGAGAAAUUCGAGCUGCGCGAGCAGCACUUCAAGGCGCUCCUGCGCAACAAGGACGCGGAGAUCCAGAGCCUGACGGCCAAGUACGAGGAGCAGCGGCGCCACGCCGAGACGGAGGCGGCGCGCUGCCGGGCGCUGAGCUCGCAGGUGUCGACGUUCUCACACACGGAGGCGGAGCUGCGGAGCCAGCUGAACAUCUACGUGGAGAAAUUCAAACAGGUGGGUGUUGCCGUCUACGCGGUCGAAGAUACGCUUAAUAAUAGCAACGAGCUGUUCAUGACGUUCCGCAAGGAGAUGGAGGAGAUGUCGAAGAAGACGAAGCGGCUGGAGAAGGAGAACCUGACACUGACGCGCAAGCACGACCAGACGAACCGCAACAUCCUCGAGAUGGCGGAGGAGCGCACGCGCAACAACGAGGAGCUGGAGAAGUGGCGCAAGAAGAGCAACAACCUGGAGGCGCUGUGCCGGCGCAUGCAGCAGCAGGGCCGCGGGCAGGCGGUGGCCGAAGACCUCGAGGUCGACGAGGAUGACGACGAGGGCACGGAGAGCGAGUACGACGAUGAGUAUGAGGAUGAGGAUGAAGAUCUGAGCGAGGAGGGCGAGUAUGUGGACGGCGAGCCGCAGCACGGGCCCAAGACGGCGGCGGCGGCGGCGGCGGAGAAGCCGGUGUUCGGGCCGCCGCCGCCACCGACGCUGGCGGAAGCGAGGUCGAAUGGGAAUCGCGUGGUGAAUGGGUACAAGCAUUGA